GAGCACUCAAUGUCGGAACGUUCCGAAGAUGACGUCGGAGCGUUCUCGAAUCCCGUGUCUCUCGGCUGCUGCUGCCGAAGGAACAGGGAAAAAGCAACAAGAAGGAAGAGCAAUGGCGACACUGGAUCGCAAAGUGCCCAGUCCGGAGGCGUUUCUGGGCAAACCCUGGUCCUCCUGGAUCGACGCCGCCAAAUUACACUGCUCCGACAAUGUAGAUUUAGAAGAGGCUGGAAAAGAGGGUGGAAAAAGCAGGGAGGUUAUGAGGCUUAAUAAAGAAGAUAUGCACUUAUUUGGCCACUAUCCCGCACAUGACGACUUCUAUCUCGUAGUGUGCAGUGCCUGCAAUCAGGCCGUCAAGCCACAGGUUUUCCAGGCGCACUGCGAGAGAAGACACGGUUCAAUGUGUAGACCUUCUCCCUCCCCAGCAACUCCACCCUCCAAUUCCAGGACAUCGUUAGCACAGGUGAAAACAAAAGCCUGUCUCAGCGGCCAGAACUCUGUCAGCAGCACCUCAAAGCCAUUCAAAACGCCCAAAGACAAUCUACUUACCUCUAGCAGCAAACAGCACACGGUCUUUUCUGCAAAAGGAUCGAGGGACAAACCAUGCGUUCCGGUUCCUGUAGUCAGUUUAGAGAAAAUUCCUAACCUAGUGAAGGCAGAUGGUGCCAAUGUCAAAAUGAACUCUACAACCACUACCGUGGUCACCUCCUGCUCCACCUCGUCCUCUGCUGUCUCCACCCCACCUUUAAUUAAGCCGGUCUUGAUGUCCAAGUCAGUGCCACCUUCCCCAGAGAAGAUCUUAAAUGGCAAAGGAAUUUUGUCCGCCACAAUAGACAAGAAACACCAAAAUGGCACCAAAAACAACAACAAGCCUUACAGGAGACUUUCAGAGAGAGAAUUUGACCCAAAUAAACACUGUGGAGUAUUGGAUCCCGAGACAAAGAAACCUUGCACAAGAUCCCUCACCUGCAAGACACAUUCGCUAAGCCAUCGGAGGGCAGUCCCAGGCCGGAAAAAGCAAUUUGACCUCCUUCUGGCCGAACACAAAGCCAAGUCCCGGGAAAAAGAAGUGAAAGAUAAAGAGCAUCUCCUGACUUCGGCGAGGGAAGUACUUCCAAACCAACCCGGGCCGGCGCAGGACUCUCUGCCAGGACCUUCAGGAAGCUCUGGGCCAGAACCGAAAGUCGCCUCCCCUGCAAAAUCCAGGCCACCUAACUCUGUGCUUCCUAGACCAUCAUCUGCAAAUAGCAUCAGCAGCAGCACAUCUUCAAAUCACAGUGGCUACACCCCGGAACCCCCCCUGCCCCCCGCCGGAGGUGACCUCACCAGCCGACUGUCAAGUGAUGAAGGGGAGAUGGAUGGAGCUGACGAACCCGAGAAGUUAGACUGUCAUUUCUCUACCCACCACCCCAGACCUCUUGCGUUUUGCUCUUUCGGGAGUCGCCUCAUGGGACGAGGGUACUAUGUGUUUGAUAGAAGAUGGGAUCGUUUUCGAUUCGCACUAAACUCCAUGGUAGAAAAACACUUGAAUUCACAGAUGUGGAAGAAGAUCCCUCCUGCGGCAGAUAGCCCCAUGCCCUCGCCGGCAGCCCACAUCACCACCCCCGUUCCAGCAUCCGUUUCCCAGCCUUUCAACAACCCCAGUGCUGUGUAUCUUCCUUCAGCUCCCAUCAGCUCGAGACUCACCUCUUCUUACAUAAUGACAUCAGCCAUGCUCUCAAACGCAGCUUUUGUGGCGUCGCCGGACCCGAGCGCCCUCAUGUCACACACCACAGCUUUCCCCCAUGUGGCUGCAACCCUCAGCAUCAUGGACUCAACCUUCAAGGCCCCAUCUGCUGUGUCCCCGAUACCAGCCGUCAUCCCUUCCCCAUCCCACAAGCCAUCCAAAACCAAAACCAGCAAAUCCUCAAAAGUCAAAGACCUGUCCGCCCGUAGCGACGAGUCUCCAAGUAACAAAAAGAGGAAGCCGCAGCCUUCGACUUCCUCGUCCUCCUCCUCCUCAUUAACCUUGCAGACAUCCCUCUCGUCUCCGUUAUCAGGGCCCCACAAAAAGAACUGUGUCUUGAAUGCCAGUUCAGCUUUGAACUCCUAUCAGGCGGCCCCUCCCUAUAACAGUCUGUCUGUGCACAGCUCAAACAAUGGGGUGAGCCCACUCAGUGCCAAACUGGAGCCCUCAGGACGGACCUCGCUGCCCGGCGGCCCCGCGGACAUAGUGAGACACGGGGGCUCGGUGGGCGGCAGCAGUGACUCCUGUCCCCUCUCUGUGCCCUCCCUUGCAGGGGACCUCUCUCUGGCCUCACACAAUGCCGUGUCUUCGCUGCCCCUCUCUUUUGACAAAUCAGAAGGAAAAAAGCGUAAGAACUCGAGUUCUAGUAGCAAAGCCUGUAAAAUCACUAAAAUGCCUGGUAUGAAUAGCGUUCACAAAAAGAACCCGCCCAGCCUUCUCGCGCCGGUGCCCGAUCCCGUUAACAGCACCUCCUCUCGGCAGGUCGGGAAAAAUAGCAGCCUAGCUUUGUCACAAUCCAGUCCUUCAAGCAUAUCCAGCCCAGGACACAGCCGGCCGAAGACCACAAACAGAACGGGCAGGAUAAGGACUCUUCCAUAACAAGACUGUGAAGCCACUUCCAAACCAAUGCCUGGCCGCCCCGAGACCGAGGCGGGGGGGUGGGGGGGGUGGGGGGCGUGCAGCCGGGGAGAGUCGGCUUCCUGUGCCGUGCCUGUGGCUCUGGCCUUGCUUCUUCCUUUUUUAACUGACCAGUUUUUAGUUUUGAAGAAAAAGGCAAAAGGCAAAAGAACGUGAAUUUAAGAUUUACAGAAAACAGUACCAGUGUUUUGUUUCGGUUCUUUCAUUUGCCAUGUGUAUGCGUUCUUCCAAGUUUGGGGUCGCCCCUUAGCUUCCGAUGCUGCUACUGCACCAUCAUUUCGCGCCAGCCACACGAGCAGUCAUGGCAGAGUGUCCGUUCCCGGUUGGCGUGGUCUGAGACUCUUGGACUUGAGCACGUGCGGUGCUCCUUUCCUUGACCUCUCCCACCCGUCCCUUCCGUCCCCUCCCACCUGCCGCCCACCGGCUCCCCACUGGCCAGCGUGCUGGGGGAGGGGCUUUGCUGGGGAAGAGCCUGUGUUUGGGGAGCCCCGCCUGGGCUGAGCGCCCUCAGCAGGUUUCCGCGCUGCACCAGCACUGCGCGAGCCGGAUGCUGUGCGCAAAACGGAGAAGAGUGACCAUUGAACUAUGUCGCUUAGCUGAUACCACUGUCCAGCCGUGCAGCUCAGAGAGGAUCUGGGUCAGGGACAGGGACUGGAAUGGGCCCCAAAGGUGGCAAGAAGCAGAGCUUACGCGUAGGGGACGAUAUCCCUCAAAAGGCGGAGGAAACCGGGUGGCUUGUCACCUGAGCUUGUUAGAGAUCCAUGUUGCAGAAUCCCUUCCAGGGUGCGGGUGUACAAGGGCGCCAAAGCGAGGCGAACCAGAGAAGGAGAAAUCCCAGGGAGAAGGGCACGAGACCCCAGGGGGCCACUCAGGGCUUGAGACACAGCUUCCACAGCGGUGGAAGUUCUCAAGCUGCCCUCGGGUGAGACAAGAGGAGGAAAGGCAGGGCUGGGGGUGCAGGAAGGGUCUGAGAGAAAGCUUCCAUGGAGGGUUAAGUAAUAAACACUAGCCCUGCCCACCCACCUCCGUGCCCUGGGUGCCAGGGUCCUGUGCAAUCGGCACACCCAUCGAUCAGCUUGUGCUAAGCUAUCACAAGCCCCAACUCUGAUCCAGCCUCCCCAGGGAGGUGUAGUGAGCUCAGCUACCGCUCAGUGAAGAAGAGCUAUUGGAAGAGCAGGAAGAGAGAAGCUAGAGCCCUACAACUCUGAAACUGUUCACACUGGCGUUUUGAAAGACAUAGCAAUACCACAUGCUCUACUAGGGAAUGGUAAUCAGGAAAGGAAUUCACGAUAUGAAAUAGGCAUUCUGUGCUAUUAAUCAUGAAACUUGUAUCCGAUAUAAUAGCAAGAGAUACUAGGAAGUUUUGCUUCAUCCCUAAAUCAGAAAUGAAUGCCAGUUUUGCAGCUGGACCCAAACCCUCAUCCCUACCCUGAAGUUUCCCUUUUCCUUCCCAUCCCCACAACCCAAAGAUCAGACUACUGUUACGUUUCACCACAUUGGAUUUCGCAAAGACGGGAAGCAAACAGAGUGAUUUGUAUCAAUGGAAUUGCACUGACUGUGUUUCUUAUAGGAUUCCUAAAAUUUUUAAUAUAAAAUGAAGAUUUUUUUAAAAAUCAGGAGUUGAUAUUAGGUACCAGAACAUUAGUUCAGAUGAUUUCAUUUUUAUUUCUACAGUGUUAAAAGUGCACUUAUAUGCCGGUUUAUUUACGUCUUGGGAAAAAGAGACUACAAAUUGAAGGGAAGAUGGUUACUUUUUCUUUUUUUUUAAAAAAAAAAGUUAAGGCAGA